GCUUCCAGCUGUGACGUCAUCAUCAACAGUGACUCAAUGAAGAACGGAACUGUCAGUUCGCCCUCGUUUCCCAAUCCUUACGCGCCCCGAAGUCACUGUCGCUACGACUUCCAAGGAAGGGGGAAGGAAAGGGUGCAGAUCGUUUUCACAGACUUCAACCUCUACCACCCUACUGAUGACUCCAAGGAGUGUGAGAGCAUAGAUUCUCUGAUGGCGUACGUACUGAUAGAGGGGCGGAUGGAGAAGAUAGACAACUUCUGUGGCUCCAUGGUGCCCAAACCUCUUAUGAGCAACGGUCCCAGACUGAUGCUGGAGUUCCGUGGUAUAUACUCCUCUAGAUACGCCCGGGGAUUCAGAGCCACCUACACCUUCACUGAGAACUUCGGUGUCAUGACGGGGGUACAGCACGACGCCCUGCCCUGUGCCUUCAUGUUCAACAGCACCGGGCCCCAGGGCUCACCCAAUGGUACCUUCUCCUCUCCCCAACUUCCCUGGGUUCUACCCCCGGGACACCGAGUGCCAUUACUUCUUCCACGGCGACACCAACCAGAGGGUGCGUCUUCACUUCCACUACUUCGACGUCGAAGGGGUUCUUCC